AUGGAGGCUAAUCCACUUACAAGUGAAGCAAUAGCUCUCACAGAAAAGAAAAUGUACAUGACACUGGGUGAGCUAUUAGCUAAUAAAAGCUACAAACCUGUGAGUAAUGCUGCUAAAGAGAAGGCUUUUAAGGUUCGACAGCAUAUGGACUCGUGCUCCUCUCUUAGACAGGGGGUUCUAGCUCAAAGAAGGUCAAAUAUCCAGGGAAACCGAUUUCCCUUUACUGCUGAGGCUUCACGUAGAGCUGCAGUUGCCCCACUUCGAUUUGGAGCUUUUAAUGGUAGCAAAGUGUCUAAUUUGAACAAACCAAGGAUCAAGUGGCAGGUGGCUUGUUACAUGACUGGAGGACAAGCUCUUCAUUUGUCUGGAAAUGUUAAUUGGGUAGUGUGUGUCCCAAUGGGUUCUGUAGUUUCUUCUGCUGGGACUUUCCUUUGA